AGCGCGAGCAAGAUGCGGUGUGCGGGCACUUCAGUCAUCACCAUGAACAAUUCGGGUCAAUGGAAAAGCGCUUUCAAGACAUCGUCCGGUUUAGCACGCGCUGAGAUUAUGGAAUUUGUUGUUUAGGACCAUUUCUUUCUCGGCUUUGCAGAUUGUAGAUGGUUAGUCUAUUUUCUUUUUUCACUUGAGCAUGGCAGCUGUGGAUGGGCACACAGGAGUGCUACUGAGUGCUGCCCAACAAGUCGGAGACUGUUAGGAGGGUGAGGUGCUAAGAACAUGUAAGCAUCUGCAAACAUUUCCUCUGGUUGGAAUCAAAGCAAAAAUGCAGAAAGGAAUGCGACUUAAUGAUGGCCAUAUCACCUAUCUGGCUCUUCUGGCAAAGAAGGAUGGCACGAGAAGAGGUUGCCUGAGUAAGAAAAGCUCAGAUAACACAAAAUGGCAUGCCAAGUGGUUCGCUUUGUUGCAGAAUAUGUUGUUUUAUUUCGAGAAUGACUCGAGCUCGCGCCCCUCAGGACUAUACCUGUUGGAGGGAUGCGUUUGCGACAGAGCGCCGUCACCUAAACCGUCUCUAUCAGCUAAGGAAUGCUUAGAGAAGCAGUACUACUUCACGGUCACUUUCAACCAUGACAACCAGAAGGCCCUGGAGCUAAGGACAGAGGACGUGAAGGACUGUGAUGAGUGGGUGGCAGCAAUAACACAGGCCAGUUACAGGAACCUGGCUACUGAACAUGAAACCCUCAUGCAGAAGUAUCUCCACCUACUCCAAAUAGUGGAGACAGAGAAAACAGUUGCCAAGCAACUUCGACAACAGAUAGAGGACGGUGAAAUUGAGAUAGAGCGUUUAAAAUCUGAGAUUGCUGGACUGCUCAAGGACAAUGAAAAGAUCCAGUUGAGCCCAGAGGUUCCCCCUAGUGAUGACGACACUGAAAUCAAGAAGAUCAAAAAGGUCCAGAGCUUCCUGCGAGGCUGGAUCUGCAGGAGGAAAUGGAAGACCAUCAUCCAGGACUACAUCCGCUCUCCCCACGCUGAGAGCAUGAGGAAGAGGAACCAGGUGGUGUUCAGCAUGCUGGAGGCGGAGGCCGAGUACGUCCAGCAGCUCCACAUUCUGGUCAACAACUUCCUGCGGCCCCUCCGCAUGGCCGCCAGCUCUAAGAAGCCACCCAUCACCCACGAUGAUGUCAGCAGCAUAUUCCUUAAUAGUGAGACCAUCAUGUUUCUCCACCAAAUAUUCUACCAGGGUCUAAAGGCCAGAAUAGCCAGCUGGCCAACUCUUGUUCUGGCUGAUCUGUUUGACAUCCUGCUGCCCAUGCUGAACAUCUACCAGGAGUUUGUGCGUAACCACCAGUACAGCCUGCAGAUCCUGGCCCACUGCAAACAGAACCGGGACUUUGACAAACUGCUCAAGCAGUAUGAAGCCAAGCCUGACUGUGAGGAGAGGACCCUGGAGACUUUCCUCACCUACCCCAUGUUCCAGAUACCUCGCUACAUCCUGACCCUGCAUGAACUCCUGGCCCAUACCCCCCAUGAGCACGUAGAAAGGACCAGUCUGGACUAUGCCAAGUCUAAACUGGAGGAACUUUCCAGGAUCAUGCACGAUGAGGUGAGUGAGACCGAGAACAUCCGGAAGAACCUGGCCAUCGAGCGGAUGAUCGUGGAGGGCUGUGAGGUGCUGCUGGACACCAGCCAGACCUUCGUCAGACAAGGCUCCCUCAUCCAAGUGCCCAUGAGUGAGAAGGGGAAGAUCACCAGAGGGAGACUAGGCUCUCUGUCUCUGAAGAAGGAGGGAGAAAGACAGUGUUUCCUCUUCUCCAAACAUCUCAUCAUCUGCACCAGGGGCUCUGGAGGGAAGCUGCACCUCACUAAGAAUGGAGUCGUCUCCCUCAUAGACUGCACGCUGAUGGAGGAGCCAGAGGGAACAGAUGAUGAGACCAAACCGGAGAAAAGUGGCCAGGAUACAGAACACAUGGACUUUAAGGUCAUCGUGGAGCCUAAAGACAGCCAGUCCUUCACUGUCAUUCUGGUUGCAUCGUCACGGCAGGAAAAAUCGGCCUGGACAAGUGACAUCAGCCAGUGCAUCGACAACAUCCGUUGCAAUGGGCUGAUGAUGAAUGCGUUUGAGGAGAACAGCAAGGUUACAGUGCCCCAGAUGAUUAAGUCCGACACCAGCUUGUACUGCGACGACGUGGACAUCCGCUUCAGUAAGAUGAUGAACUCCUGCAAGGUGCUGCAGAUCCGCUACGCCAGCGUGGAGCGUCUGCUGGAGAGGCUGACCGACCUUCGCUUCCUCUCAAUCGACUUCCUCAACACCUUCCUGCACUCCUACCGCGUGUUCACCAGCGCUGACGUGGUGCUCGACAAACUCAUCACCAUCUACAAGAAGCCCAUCAGUGCCAUACCUGCUCGGUCCCUGGAGCUGUUCUUCGCCAGCAGCCAGAACAACAAACUCCUGUACGGAGAGCCUCCCAAGUCCCCACGCGCUAGCCGCAAGUUCUCCUCCCCUCCCCCGCUCUCCAUUACCAAGAACUCGUCGCCCAACCGUCGACGCAAGCUCUCCCUGAACAUCCCCAUCAUCACAGGGGGCAAGGCUCUGGACCUGGCUGCGCUAAGCUGCUCCCCCAACGGCUAUGCAAGCAUGCACUCCACCAUGUCCCCCUUCAGUAAGACCACGCUGGACAUCAACAAGCUGUAUGUGUCCAGCACCAUGGCCAGCAAGAUUCCAGACGAGGGGGAGACCAAGGCCGACGGCAAGGCCGAGGAGGCCAUCUUGAACAAACAAGAUUUGUCAGUGAGGGAGGAGUGUGACGUGGAUCCUACCCAGAGUGACGAGGCUGAGACUGAGAUGUCACCCCCCAAGUCCCCCACUACACCCAAAAAUGUAAAGUCCAAAAACUCAGAGUUCUCUCUGUUUUCUUUCAACAAUGGGAUGGUUGUGUCAUCGUGCCGGGAGCUGGACAACAACCGCAGCGCUCUCUCUGCUGCCUCCGCCUUCGCCAUCGCCACCGCCGGCGCCAACGAGGGCACACCCACCAAGGAGAAGUACCGCCGCAUGUCCUUGGCCAGCACAGGCUUUCCUACAGACCAGAGGAAUGGGGACAAGGAGUUUGUCAUCCGGAGGGCUGCCACCAACCGGGUCCUGAACGUGUUGCGCCACUGGGUGUCCAAACACUCCCAGGACUUUGAGCUCAACACUGAUCUCAAGCUAAAGGUCAUCAGCUUCCUGGAGGAAGUGAUGCAUGACCCCGAGCUCCUGACCCAGGAGAGGAAGGCUGCUGCCAACAUCAUCAGAACGCUGACACAGGAGGACCCGGGAGACAAUCAGAUCACUCUGGAGGCGGUGACCCAGAUGGCCGAGGGCAGUAAGACAGAACCGUUUGAGAGCCACUCGGCCCUGGAGAUUGCUGAGCAACUCACAUUGCUGGACCACCUGGUCUUCAAGGUCAUCCCCUACGAAGAGUUCUUCGGCCAAGGCUGGAUGAAGAACGACAAGAACGAGAGGACUCCAUACAUCAUGAAAACCACCAAGCAUUUCAAUGAUAUUAGUAACCUGAUUGCCACUGAGAUCCUGAGAUGGGAUGAUGUGAACAUGCGGGUGACGAUCAUGGAGAAGUGGGUGGCAGUGGCCGAUAUCUGUCGCUGUCUCCAUAACUACAACGCGGUGUUGGAGAUCACGUCCUCCCUCAACCGCAGCUCCAUAUUCCGUCUGAAAAAGACCUGGCUCAAGGUCUCUAAGCAGACCAAGACAGUGAUUGACAAGCUACAGAAGCUGGUGUCAUCCGAGGGGAGAUUUAAAAACUUGAGAGAAGCUUUAAAAAACUGUGACCCUCCGUGUGUUCCUUACCUGGGCAUGUACCUAACUGAUCUGGCUUUCAUCGAAGAGGGGACACCCAACUACACUGAGGACAGUCUUGUCAACUUCUCCAAGAUGAGAAUGAUAUCUCACAUUAUCAGAGAGAUACGUCAGUUUCAGCAAACAGCCUAUAAGAUUGAUCAUCAACCAAAGGCGGUGCAGUAUUUGCUGGACAGCAGUGCUGUCUUGGAUGAGGAGAGCCUAUAUGAAGCGUCUCUAAGAAUUGAGCCCAAAACAUCUUCUUGAAGUGGGCCCUGCUCUGUUCAAAGCCUAUGGACUGUACAGGGACAUAGUGUACAUAGAUGACUAUUUGUAUUAGAUUAUGUUAGAAUGUGUCCCAAUAGUGUGUGUUCCCCAAAGGACUUGUGUAUAGAGUCGUUAUUAGACAUUCAGUAGAAGGCUAGCAAGAUUUUAUUUCUACAGUUACACACUACUUUCUAUGUUAUUUCCUGUAUUAUGUCUUAAUUCAUCAUAUGAUGUUAUUUUUCAACCACAGAUAAAACAAUACAUCAACAUCAGAGUACAAUAUAUCAACAAAAUGUGAAAUAUAUAUGUAUCUAAAUGGAAUGUUCAGUGGGGUUCCCCGUUCAUGAGAAUCGUGGGACACAAAGAGUAUAAUUAUGAUAAUCAAAUCCCACAUUGUUGCUUAUGCUACAACCAAGAGAGAAUUCCUUAAUAUCUUUGUAUCAUACGUUAUGACAUCAGAUGUAGCCGUUUGGAUUCAUCCAGUACAAAGUAAACACGUGAUGCUAACAUGAGUCACAAGUAGGUUGCGAUUAUGUUGCUUUGCAACCAGCAAAUGUGGCUUCAUAGCGGGUGUCUUAUUAUAUCCUAUUGGACAAGAUGACUUUGAAAUGUAGGCAAUGUAUGUAGCAAAUAUAAUCAAUUGAAUCAAACCACUUAAGGAGCCAGAAUGCCCACAUGUCACUGAUAUAAUGAUGACAAUGGCCAUGGUUUAUUUUCUCUUUACAGUGCAUUGUGGUUUAUGCCUUAUCACAAUCAAAUUACAAUAACUUAAUAAGACUAUAUCACAUAUAUGUAAAAUAUUUUGUCCUACACUUUGCCAAUGACGCUGAGAUGUGCUGUGUACAAUAUUGUGUACAGGCAGUUUAAUGCAUUUCCUAAUGUGUAAUGUGUUGAAAGCAUAUCCCUAACAAUUUGUUAUCAAAAUGUUCCAACUCUUUUAUGUGUAUGAUAUUAUAUAACACAAAUGUUAAAGACAACUUUUAAGUGUAACACAUACUGUAUCCUGUCUAUAUAAUUGUUUUAGCAGGAAUAUAGUAAUAUUGUGCUUAUUCUUUAAAUAUUUCUAUGUAUUUUUUACAAAGCUUUGUAUAGAAAAAACACCCAAAGCUCAAGUGGCAGGCAUGUGCCACUUUCACGUCUUAUCCAAACUAUAUAGAACAGUAUGUGUAGGCCUACUGUAUUGAAUUCCCACUCAUGCACAUGUGAACAUUAUUUAACACAGACGCGUAACAUGGUUGCAAUGAGCAAUACCCAGUGGUAUGACAAUUAUAUUUCAGUCCUAUUUUAACAGCUUGAGAAGUAUUUCCAGUUUUGUAUAAAACUGUUUUCUUUCCUGGUUACCUCUUGUUAAUAAAUCUAUUCUAUCUCAGG